GCCGCUGCCGCCGCCGCUCGCUAGGAGCGGGCCCCGCCGCCGGCCGUCCCCGGGCGUCCCCGCGAGGCCGAGCCCGAGCCAGCCGGAGCCGAGCGGGAGCCGAGCGGGAGCCGGGCCGGGCGCGGGGGGCGCCGCCCGCCAUGGACCACAAGCCCCUGCUGCAGGAGCGGCCGCCCGCCUACAACCUGGAGGCCGGCCAGGGCGACUUCGCGUGCGGCCCGCACGGCUACGGCGCCAUCCCCGCCGCGCCCCCGCCGCCGCCCUACCCCUACCUCGUCACAGGGAUACCCACACACCACCCCAGGGUCUACAACAUCCACAGUCGAAAUGUCACCCGGUACCCUGCCAAUUCCAUCGUUGUCGUUGGAGGCUGCCCAGUUUGCAGGGUGGGAGCUGUGUCAUUUCGGAGGCCUGUGGCUUCUGCUAACCGGGGCCCCACGGCCCCAGUCAUACAGAAUCUGGAUCAAGGGAGGCUCGAGGCUACCUGGUCAUCAGGCUUGUGCAGAACUGCCCCUGGAAUGGCUGACGGCCCUGUGGAGGUCCUGAGAACUGCCCCUGACAAGGCAGCUCCCCCGCCCCCAUGGGAGGCCUGUUUGAAGUGGAGACCCUGGGACAACCGGAGGCCAGGCAGAUGCACCGCCCAAGGGGGUGAGGUAUGACCUGCUCACUGAAGGGGGCUGGCUGGGUGCUUUGGGGCCACCUGGAGGAACCUCUGCUCCCUUUUCCUGAAGAGGCUUGUCCUUCCAGUGAGUGCUGGUCUGGGGGUUGCUCCCAGGGCUGGAUCCUACUUGAGGCCAGCCUGUGCUCAGCAGAAGUGAGUAAUUAGGGAUGAGCCAAGAGGUUUGCUGGAGUGUGUGGCACUAACUGCCCCUCGGGGGGUGGGGUGGCACUCAGAGGGCGGCUCCCUCACUUCUGGGUGAGGUCUGGAUUGUUCCCGGCCGCCCCGCUUGUUGCCUGAACAAGGUUCUCCAGCUUCUGAGAAGGGGACAGUGAUGGUACAUGGGCGGGGUUUCUGUGAGGAAUACAGGAGGUGGCAAGGAUGCGAUUCUUACUGGUUGGGUACCGGCCUUGGGGUGCUCUCGGGACGUGUGGGCUGCAGGGCCUCCAUCAUCUCGCUCAUCCUGGAGCCCCUCCCAGGCCGGCUCCCUGGACAGACAGAUGUCAGUGGAAUCGUGUGGCCACUUUCUCCAUAAGGUUGGAGUCAGGAGUUAAAGAAGCGUUUUCAGAAUUAGUCAGUUCUCUGAUUUCUCCAGCUUCUAUAUCCUUCCCUGACCCCCAUCCCCCAUGACCUAUUGCUCAAGAAUGGGGGAGGGGCCUUCCAACCACAGCUAGGGCGACUUGCUUAGUAGUUUGGAUUCUGAGCCAUUUGAUAAAUAUUGAAACUUGUCCUGAACUGAUUGGGGCUGUUCAGGAGGUUUGGAGAGGAAGAGAGUGUGAGGCUGUUUGGGAGAGGCUGCCAGGAGGGCAGGGACCCUCACAGGGACGGGUCUGCUCUGCAGCCUGUGGGGUGUUGCUGCAUCAGGAUUGGUCUAGAGACAAGACUGUAUUUCUCAAUUUAGAAGAUUUUUGGGUUUUAAAAAGCUGUAAAUUAGGGGCCGGCCCAGUGGCGUAGUGGUUAAAUUUGCACGCGCUCCACUUCGGUGGCCUGGGUUUCGCAGGUUCAGAUGCCAGGCGUGGACCGAUGCACCACUUGUCAAGCCAUGCUGUGGCGGCGUCCCAUAUAAAGUAGAGGAAGAUGGGCACAGAUGGUGGCCCAAGGCCGACCUUCCUCAGCAAAAAGAGGAGGAUCGGUGGCGGAUGUUAGGACUGGUCUUCCUCACAAAACCUGUAAAUUAUGCCAGUAUUGCUUUUGAGGUCUGGGGCAGUGCUCCCGGUUCAGACAUUAAUAUUUCUACAGCAAGACACAAAUAAUUCACAGUAAGUGGAUAAAUUAAGACUAUAAAUGGCCACACAUCAGGUCACGUGUGGCUGCCACGUGAGUUUGCUACAAACUUAUAAAAACGUUCUGCUGUCAGAGCUUUUUGGUAUUGGGAAUUGUGGGUAAGAGCUGUAGACUCUUGGGGUGGCAGGUGUGGCACCUGAGGACUGACUGACCCCCUGCUCAGUGGCUCCUGCUGACCGGGCAGAUGCCGUUUUCCUGUCCCUCAUCCCCAGAAGCAGUGUACUGGGUCAGGUGGCUGCUCUCAGCGGCAGGUGGUCAGGAUCUGGAUUCUGCUCAGCUCCCUCACGCCCUCCCUCUUCCUGGAGACACAGUGGCCUGGCCUGGCUGUCUUUUUAAGAGCAGAGAGAGCCCCUGGGGGCUCCACUCUGGGUGGGCAGGGCUGGGGAGGGGGCCUAGAGGUCUGGCAGGUAUCAACCCUGUGCUCCUGACUCAGGGUGGCCCAGGCUGCUGGGUUUGGGGAAUGAGGGGGGUUUGUUCCUUGUGCCUGGGACGCCGAGGUGGGCCGGGUCAGCCUGUGUUGCCCAUUGCUCUGCCUACCUUUUAAGUUCCCAGAGCAACUCCAGAGGCUGAGAACACGUGGUGGUGGGCUGAGAUGCCAGGCCUCCUGAGGCUGGUCUGGCCACUGCUGGGAAUCUCAGUGCUCAGGUGGGGCCAGUCUCCUGGCCUCAUGGCAUUGAGGGCCCGGAUGAGAGAGUAACCAGUGCUCCUGGGCUUCCACUGGCUUUAGCAGUGUAGACCAGGGUUUUGGGGUCUACUUGGAGAAUUAGGGAAGAGGCAGGUGGGGGCUGCUGCCCUUUGACAUUUGACCCCAGAGGAUAGCAGCAACCCACAGACGGGACGAUUCAUGUGGACAGGUACACUGGGCAACAUAGGGGAAGCCUCUGUCUCCAGGCGUCUCCACUGCAGGGAGACUGCACCACUGGAGGGCUUCUCCAGUGGGGGUGCUGGGUGCUCCUGUGCAUCCCUCCAGGGCACUGGGGACAGCAGGGCAGGACUGCCCUGGCCCCAGCCUCCUCCUGGGUAUCUCCUGAAGUCUUUGAGCAGACACACUGGGAUCUAGGCUCUGUCUCUUUUUUUUUUU